AGUUGGGGGCUGAGAGGGCCCAAAGCGAGGCACGUGACGUGGGCAGCCUUCGUGAUAAGGGGUAGAGGACAGAGGCCAUGACACACCUGAGCGGCCAUCUUUAUUGGGGGCAGAGGGGAGCCUGUGGAGCGCCCGGCUAGUCAUCUUUUUUCUUGGCAGAGGGAAUUCCCAGGGGUGGGAGAACGUGCAGCGGAGGUCGGCGCUGACCCUGAUCACGUGGUACCUGGCCGUUGGUUCCCCUCUGUCACGUGGCUCCCUUUAAUCAACUUCCGGGAGCGUUGGGGCCCAGUCGCUGUAAGCGAGGGCCUAGGGUCAGUACCUGCCCCUGGUGGGGUUAGGGUGGUCACUUCAGGUACCCAACACCAUGACGGGGUGGGCUUUGGGGCCGGCGUGCUGCGGGUGCGGUGGGACUUUUGACAGGCGCCGGGCCUGCCCCGGGCUGGGUGUCGAUCGCUAGGCUGUCGCUGCAGCUAUGUCACGUUCGUCCAGGUCCGGGGGCUUCCUGCCCCCGCUGUGGCCGCCGCCUCCUGGGGAGCCAGGUGGCAUUCGGCCGGACGGCAAAUUCGAGCCAGGCCCCUUGUGGCCUCCCCGAGGUCAGCUGUGGUGGACCCGGGCAAUUAAGGGGCAGGAUGGGACCCUCAAGGAAGGAGAAGAGCCGGACUCGGUGGCGUGGCCCGGGAGAGGCGCGAGCCAAGGCUCCUUCUCCGGACCGCGCUUACCUGCAGCCCUGCAGCGGCUCCGAGCCAUGCUGCUGAGGCUUCAGAGGGAGCGGGAGGAGCUGCUGCUGGCCCGGGACUGUGCCCGCUCCCUUCAGACCACCGUGUGCUUCCUGAAAGCCCCUCGGCCCUUUGUCGCCCUGCCCCAGCAGUGCUGGGAGCUGCUGCCCCACGGCCCGCACGGGACCACCCUGCGUCUGCGGGCCCACGGUGACCCCCAACUUCGGCCUCUGGCACUCCCCCUUGGUUUAGCCAUACAGAAACUGGACAUGGCCAUUGAAGAGCAACUCAAGGGCUUGGGCCAGGCUUCUCCCAGUCCAGCCUUGGUGUCCCAGAUCAGCGAACUCCUUCAGGUUCUCCCUGCCUACCACCAGGUGCUGGCUGUGGCUGUCGGGGUUGUCCCACAGGCAGCUCAGCCCUUUCCACCCAGUCGAGUGCUCAGACUGUUGGCUAGGGGACGGGGCAGACAGGGAUCGGAGAGGCUCUGGAUGGGGCUUCAGGAAUCCAAGCUCCCCACCCAGCUCCAUCAGCUUUGCCAGGAAGAACGAGACCUGCUUCCUGGGUUAUUUGGCCUACUGGGAGACACUGGGGCUCCAGGAAGUGGUUCUCGGGGCUUGGGAGGGUCUCGGCAGCUGUGGGGCCAGUACUGGAGCCUCUUUUGGACAGCAUGUGCCCAGAACCUUGGUCGGAGACUGGGCCCUUGGGAAGACCUUCAGAAGGCUGUGCAGGAGCUGAGACAGGCCCUGGGGCAGGCAUCCCUGCCACAGGAGUGUGAGAAAGAGCUGACUUCCCUGUGCCAUGGUCUGCUCCGACGGGCGCUGACCCGGACCUGGGACCAAGGUUUCUGCCGAGCCUUGGGAUCUGCUCGUGGAGACCGUACGAUUAUGCCUACAUCUUGGGAUGGCACCCCCUGCAUGCCCACUACUAGUCUCCUCCAACAGCUCUUUCCUCCACUCACCUCUGCCCUUCAAGAACCAGGAUCAGCUUCUUGCCAAUCUCCAGGGCUAGGACCACUACCCCUAGCCCUUGGGCUCUGUACUCUUCAAGUCACCACCCUCUGGCUCCUCAGCAAAUGUCAGCAGCAUCUGGCUUCUUGGGCCCCAGGACUCCUGCUGCUGCUGACCCAGAGGGAAUUACCUCUGCUGCUCUGUGAGGCAGAGGCCCUGGCAGCUCUGGUUUCUGAAGGGGCAUCUGUCCUGGAACUGGACCAGCAGCUGGGAAAAGAGAUUCAGAGACUGACAGCUCGGAUCCAGGUCCUGCCUGAGGAGUUUCUGUGUCUCUUCUCCCGAGAAUGUCAGCGACAAGCAGCUAAGGGCUUCCAGCUCCAUAUGCCCCAGGGUCGUCACUGGAGGCUCAGACUUCGAUCUGAACUCCCGAGCAUCCCCAAUGACUAUGCAGAGUUGGUAGUGGGUGCUGUUCUGGGGCCUGUGCUGCAGGGGGUACAGGGAUUGCCCCCCCAGGUCCAAGGGCCCCCACUCACACAGGCCUUGACUGCACUUCUUGACACCUGGCUCAACCACAUUCUUACUCAGAAGAUUCGGUUCAGCCUGCAGGGAGCGCUACAGCUGAGGCAGGAUUUUGCAGUGGUUCGGGGUCUGCUGGAAGAGGAGCAGUGGGGUCUGGCCCCCGAACUUCGUCAGACUUUGCUCACCCUCAGUGUCUUCCAGCGGGUGGAUGGGGCCCUGUUGUGCCUGCUGCAGCAGCCGGUGCCCGGGAGCCAUACCUAUAGAGGAUCCCCAUGCUGUUGUUCCUGUAACAAGGUCCAGACCCCUGAACUACCCAGUAGCAGCCUCAACAGCCUAGAGAACCUAGAACCACCUCCCCUGCGUCCUGGGGUUACUCUUCUCCAAACAGCCCAACUUCUCAGCACUGUUCGGGGUGGAGGACCCAGCCCUGAGACUUACCUGGCAGGCAACCAGCAGGCCUGGCUGGCCCUUCGACAGCACCGAUCCCCACGAUGGCAUCUGCCCGGCUUUCUUUGCAUUCGAACUAGUCCUGAACCUUGACAGCUGUGGAAACUGGCAAGAACAACAUGCCCAGAAGAGCCUAGAAAUCUUUGACACCAGAGUCUGAACCAAGUCCAUAGGAGCUUAGAACCUGGAACCAGGGGAAGCUUGGAGUCAAAUCUGGAGCCAAAGUCAGAGGUAUCUAGAGGAGCUUACUACCCCAAAUCGACAUGAACCCAGGGGCUGGCUGCAGCCACAUAUCAAGAGCCUGGAAGCCAAACAUUGACAGGACUUGAGACCCAGCUACCAAAAACACGGACCCUGGGCCUUGUGUGGGCCUAAAGAUUGAGAACCUCAUGCCCUAGACUAGAUAUAAAUAACUGCAGCAACGGAAGGAGAGGAACCAGGAAACUCUGCAUGUUUUGGACUUUGUCCCACAGAUCUUGGGCGGAAAUUGAAAAGGUUUGAGCAGAGGCUUAAAGAAAGAUGAAUCCGGCAGCAUCUCCUGGAUGGUGAACAGUGCAGGCAGGAAGAAUGGCUGCCCCUGCCAAGGCGAUGAGAACUUGAGUAGAAGUUGGUGGCCAAGGGGUGGAAAGGAGGAAGGAAGUUCCUCCAGGCUGUGAGCAGCGAGAAGGUGCGCGCCUCCAACCUCAACUGCAUCGUGCAGGCGGACGUGCGGCACGACGGCUCCGAGCCCUGCGUGGACGUGCUUUUCGGAGACGGAGACCGCCUGAUCCUUCGAGGC